AGCCUGGUGGGAGCAACAGGGAGCAGGUGGGCAAGGGGACCGGGCGAUGGGGGUACUGAGAUGGCUGAGAAGGUCGCACUGCAGCACACAUUUGCACGAGCUCAUCAGGCGUGCCUGGAACGUGGUGAAUUUAGUGUGUAAGUUCCACUUUAAAGCUUUAGCAGCGUGUGCACCUCUCAGGAACACUGUGUGAAGGUGGCUCCUUCGCCGUCACUGCUCUGUGAGCGAGCAUCUGGGGCUCUGCCUGCCGGCUGAGCCGCAGCUCCUCCAUCCGGACACAGAAGGGAGCUGACGCCCUCCGCGGGCUCUCCAGAAGGUGCUGUGAGCUGCGGGGCUAGAAAGAUUUUCUCUUUGGUGCCACCUGCAGAGUCAGAAAAGGAGUGCCUGGCCAUUCCAGGAAGCUCCCGACAGCAACACAAUGACCAAAAUAGAGGUCAGCGGGGCAGCCUGAAGCCCGCCUCCGCCACCCUGAGGCCACAGAGCUCCGCAGCUGUGCAUGCAGAGGGGCCGCCUCCCAGGAUGGAGAAGUUUCAGGCCGCGAUGCUGCUGGCGAGUGUCGGGGAUGCUCUCGGUUACAGAAAUGCCUGUGGGGAGACCAGCGUUUCAGGCACGAGGACCCAGGGGGAGCUGCACAAAAGCGGGGGGCUGGACCACCUGGUGCUCUCACCAGAGAAAUGGCCAGUGAGCGACAACAGCAUCAUGCACGUGGCGACGGCCCGGGCACUGACCACAGGUCACUGGCCAUGCAAGUAUUUCAAGGAUCCCAGUGGACAUCUUCAACAUGUUUUCCAAAGACAGGCAGACUUUACAAAGUGGAGCUGCAUCUUGGCACGUUCGAACUACUGGUGCCUGGAUGACCUGUACCGGGAGAUGGUGAAGUGCUACGUGGGAGUCCUCGAGAAGCUUCCAGAGCACCGGGCCGACCCAGCAACCAUGGACGGCUGCUCACAGCUGAAGCCGGACAACUAUCUCCUCGCCUGGCACACGCCCUUCAACGAGAAGGGUUCAGGAUUCGGAGCUGCCACCAAGGCGAUGUGCAUCGGCAUGCGGUACUGGCGGCCUGAGCGGCUGGAGACCCUGAUCGAGGUCAGCGUCGAGUGCGGCAGGAUGACCCACAACCACCCCACAGGCUUCCUCGGGUCCCUGUGCACAGCCCUGUUUGCAUCUUACGCCAUACAAGGAAAGCCGCUCGAGCAGUGGGGGAGGGACAUGAUGAGGACAGUCCCUCUAGCGGAAGAAUACUGCAAGAAGACCAUCCGGCACCUGGCAGAGUACCAGGAGCACUGGUUUUACUUUGAAGCAAAAUGGCAGUUUUACUUGGAGGAGAGAAAAAUCAGUGAAGACGUGGACAGUAAAGCCACCUUUCCUGACCACUAUGACGCCGAGGAGAGGGACAAGACCUACAGGAGGUGGAGCUCGGAGGGGCGAGGGGGACGGCGGGGCCACGACGCCCCCAUGAUUGCAUAUGACGCUCUCCUGGGAGCCAGGAGCAGCUGGACGGAGCUCUGCCACCGGGCCAUGUUUCACGGAGGUGAGAGCGGGGCCACGGGGACCAUCGCGGGCUGCCUGUUCGGGCUGCUGCACGGCCUGGACUCCGUCCCCCCGGGGCUGUACCAGGACCUGGAGCACAAGGAAGAGCUGAGCCGCCUGGGCGCAGCCCUCUACCGCCUGUCCACGGAGGAGACCCCCAAGAAUGGCAAGAUCUGCAGUGACAAGAUGCCCAUCGACGCCCAAGCCCUGAAAAGGAAGGUCAGCAAGGCGACAUGCCACCUGGCCGCCCACGCCAUCCUCAGCAGCCUGCUGCUCUAUGUCACCGACCACGAGGACAGGCCCUGGGGGCUGCCUCCCGCCAACAGGGCAGAGGGCGGGGGGAGAAAGGUGAGCUGCACGCCAGAGCCCCAGGACGCCCACCGGCGGCCCACGCGCUUCCAGCUCCUGCAGGCCAAGUUCAUGGGCCCUGGACGGGAGCCCUGUCUCAAGAAGACCCGGGAGGUAGGGAGGCUGAUCUUCAAGGACAAGCAGGGCCCCAGCAGGAGCUUGGUGACGGCCACCAUCGGCAAGCUCCUUGAGAAGACCCGGGAGCCGAUCCAUAGCCAGAAGCCCCGGUGGGGCCCGCCUGCCGGGAAGAGCACCGUGAAAAACAUCCUGAAGAUGUUCUUGGCUGCAGAGGAGAAGGAGGCUGCGGAGAAGCCACCCGCGGAGCGGCCCAGAGCUGCGGGAGGCCCCCUGCCGAGGACAGCGGGCAAGAGGAACUCAGUCCUGUCCAAGCUGCGGGAGAAGUUCGAGCAGAGCGGCUGUCUGUACUCCGAGGCCGGCGUGUUGCCGCUCCGCACGGAGGACCGAAAGAAGAAGAACCUGCGGAGGACGAAGAUGCACCGGCCUCAGGCCCGCGUGCUCUGCAUGGCCACCCUUGCCAGCACCUGCAUCAGGACGCCCCUCGCCCGCUUUCUGGCCUGCACGGCCGAGCCCGUGCCAGCCUUCAGCAUCGCCACUGUCGUCUGCGGCCCCAGGAGCUGGCUGUCCCACUGCGCCAAAAUCAGCCGCUCAGAUCUGGGGCGUGUGCCCAGACCAGCAACGGGCACGUCACCCAGUGUGGGGGAGACGGCGCCUGGUGGGAACAAGACACCAGGAAAAGGGCGGCUUGGUGGGGAGUGCUCAGGGUUCCCAGCGCCCAUGACCACAGCUCCCAGGGACCACACGGGAACAGUGUCCCCCAGAGCAGGGCCCGAGUGUGUCCCUGAGCCAGCCCCCUCUCCUGCCUCCCGCAGGGGCGAAGCUCUUCCUGGCCGCAAGCCCACCACAUCCCCACUGGCAGCAGCCAGCCCAGGGUACAUCCAGGCAGCAGGAGGUGACAGCAGGGGGGCCCCCCAGGCAGAGGGCACUGCAGACAACACCUGGGGGAUGAGAGGGGCAGGGGUGGCCCCCGCAGUCACAUUGACUGUUUGCAGCUCGGAGGAUGAAACAGAAAGAUCCAUUUCAGACUCAGAGAGAGACCCCCUCUUCGCCACCCAGAGGAAUUUUCCAGAAGAGAAUGUACCAGGACGUAUCCCACCGCUCAACAUGCACGCAGCCCAGGCCGCUCAGCGCACUCAGCCGGCCAUCGAGCCUCCACAGAUAAUGGUCAGACUUCCCGUUGUCCACGAAAUGCCGCCCCCUCAUGCCACGCCGCCAAGGGCACCAGGUGGUGAGGACCAGCGUCCUGGUGCUCUGGGAGGAGAGAGUGCGAUCGGAAACACAGAAGCGCCGUUUCCCACCACAGAGAGUGGAAGCCGCGGCCCAGCCACAGCCGGACUGAGGGAGCCCCCAGGUACGCGGCAGGGCUACUGGGCAGACCCCAGCCCCACGCCCCUACAGGGGGCUGCCAGCACUGAUCGCCACCCCGCCGAGGCAGUGCCAAUGCCGAAACCAUGGGCAAGUUCCCCUGGAGGGAAGGGACACGAAGGCGGCCGUGGGAAGCUGGACCGGCAUGAGGCUCGAGAGCACGUUUGCACAGACGCUGUUUCCGAGCUCACCUGUGAGAAGCAGCAGCUGCCAGAAUCAGGGGCAACACCACCCCGCGAUGAAGGCGCCCCAUCACGGUACACCACAGCAUCGGAGAGCCGCCCAGGAGGGACCCGCUGCUCUGCCUCUGGCUGGCAGCAAGGGCCGGUUCCCAGCGAGGAGCACCGGGCGGGCGGCCCCGCCCUGCUGGCGGCCUCCCCCAAGGACCGGACAAGGUCCGAGAGUUUGACCUCGACGGACAAGCACAUCCUGCAUGAGCAAGAACACGGGCGGGCCCCACUGCCCGCGUCUGCCCAGCCCCUGCUGAUGGCCGAGGAGAGCACUACCGGCGGCCUCGGUGAGCACAGACCGUCCUCCUUAAAUGGACGCCCGGAACCAAGCAUCAGAGCCCCUGGGUGGUUGACUGCUGAAGGGGCCAAGAGUCACAUAGCGCCAGCGCCCGGUGAUGCCCUGAACCCCGAAAACAGUGUGGCCGAAGAGCGGAGGGCUCUGCACAGGGGAGAGCGCAGCUUGUCAACAUGCCAUGGUCUCCUAGCGGAGGACCUCGCUCGAGAACCCAGCCGCCCCCUCUUCCUGGCGCCCGGUCGGCCCUGGGAGCCCCACAGCAGAGCGGCACAGAGCAGCAUCCGCCAAGACUCAGGGCCACGGCGGCCUCUGGCCUCGGAGUCCCCGGCAGAGCCCCAGGCCGCUCUCCCACUCAAGGCCGCUGGCACCCAAUCUGUGCAUGAUGAUCCCCUCGCGUGUGUUUCCAAUGAAUGGGCAGCGCGCACGGCGAAGGCGGCAGGAGGAAGCAGGGACACCAUGUCCGCGCAGGCCAGCCCUGCGGCGGCUGACACCAAGUCCCUGGGGCCGCCCUCAAGUCAUCCCCUGCCACAGGGACGCCGCACCAAGGGGCCGCCCCACCACACCUCGGGCAGGGGGCCGGCGCCUUCUGAGCCCCAGCAGGCCAGGAACGAGGACCGCGCCGCAUCGGGAAAGCAGCGUCCUUCCAGCGCGGGGCCUACACCUCAGCCGUCCUUGGCGCCCUCGACGGCAGCAGAGGGCCAGCAGGUGGACAGGGCACCUCAGGAGUGUCCCAACCUCCAGGCGCGCCCGCAGAUGGCAUCCUGCACGCGGGCCGGUGUCCUGGAGGAGGUCAAGGUUGGGGAGAGGCCACAGCCACAGGCAGGCCGGGGGGGCCGGGAGGACGGGGCCUCAGGGCCUGCAGGACUGGCCGGUCCUGGAAAGGAGGGAGCAGCUCCUUGGGGCCAGAAUGGCACAGUGUGUUGGGCUGAAAAGGCUCAGACUCGACCCAGGGAUGAGCGGGCAGUGGAGGCCACGGCCACUGAGGUGGAGACGCCCCGGCUGUCAGCUGCGAAAGGCCUGGAACAUCUGUUCCAGCAGCGGGGGAGGCGUGAAGAGGAGCCCGCUCGCGGACACGGUGCGCCCACUGAAGAGAGCCAAGCACCUUCCCCCUCAGAGAGGCUGGGGCGCCCGGCACGGGCCCAGGCCGGCAGGAUGGCCCCCCACGACCUGGCGCGGCCCACAGGUGGCUCGGCAGCAGUGGCACCCAUUGCAGGCGAUAGCGGAAAGUCCCAGGGACCGGCUCCCAGGGGCGCCCAGGGGGCACCCAGAGCGCCGCUCAAGACCGGAGAACGGCGGCCUGGGGCGGCUGAGAGCCAGCUGUGUCCCCGCCCUGAGCCCACCCGGGGCUCUGCAGGGUCCCCACCUCAGCCUGGGGGCCGCCAGACGCCCGGCGUCCCGGCCCAGGAGGGGCCCGCAGACAUCCCCAGGGCAGCUGAGAGCCAGCCCCGUCACCACCCUGAGCCUGCCCGGGGCUCUGCAGGGUCCCCGCCUCAGCCUGGGGGCCGCCAGACACCUGGUGCCCAGGCCCAGGAGGGGCCCGCAGACACCCCCGGGGCGGGGAGAGGCCCAUGGGAGCCCGAGCAUCGCCGGAGGUCAGCACGCUCGGCCAAGUACCGAGCCCAGAGCUUCUGCGACCAGAGGUCCUUCGACCUGUCCUUCAGACCCGCCGCUCUCAGGGCCGACGCCGCGGUUGAGCCGCAAAAGUGAGGCCCCCACCCCGCACCGCCUCGUCCCACGCCCCAGGCUCCACUCCUCGCCCGAGUGUCGUUUUCCCUGAACAGUCGGCCUGUGGUUUCCUGUCGCUCUGACGGCACUCAGCCCGGAGGGUCCCGGCUCCAGGACUGACACCCCCAGCAUCGCGAGCCCCGCGGCGCCUCGGCCUCAGCGCUUCCCCGCAGGAGGUUUGAACAGCAAGGACGAGGAACAGACUCGGACACACAGGCGUUGGCUCCAGGCCCCCUUGUGUCCAUGCGUUCUCCGUUUCAUCGGAGGCAGCCUCACGAGGGUGUCUGCACAUGUCCAUCUUCUCACUGAGCCAAGAGCUGUUUUUAGCACUCAAACGUGCGGUGCUGGACUUUGCAUGCGUCUGUCCUGUCCCAUCUGGGGGGCCCAGGUCAGCUUCGGGCUUUUUUUCUGUCAUUUUGUUUUGUUUUUAUAUUUUCUUUUUUGAGGAAGAUUAGCCCUGAGCUAACAUCUGCCACCAAUCCUCCUCUUUUUGCUGAGGAAGACUGGCCCUGA